AUGGAUAAAAUGAAAGAAGGAUUGACUCGCGGAGCUCGGCGUAUGAAAGAAAACCUACUGUCAGAGCGAAGAAAUGAGUUAGAAAGUAUUGGUCCUUUUGAACAGAAAAACCAAAAGAUGAUAAGCGCUAUUAAAGGCACUCGUCAGAAUUUACAAAGUUGCAUUCGUAGUGGUAGCAAAGACGAUUCACUUGAUAAGCGCAAGCGUCGGUUGGAUGAUUUUGGUCUUGUUCAGCAGCUUUCUUCGGAUGCCGCGGAAUUUGCAAAUGCUUUUGAAAAAAAUGAAAAACCCGUUCUUGCGGAAGUCAUGAAACAAAUUUCGGAAACGAUAGACGCAAUUGUUAUUGAAAGAGUUCUUACUGAUCAACAUAUUGAGAAGAACAUUCUUGAAGCACUUGCCAAGUACGUUGAGGAAGAUAAAGCUAUUUCGAAAAUGAGAGAUAAGAUUAAUAAGGCAGCUACUGAUGUAGAAAUUGCGAGGAAACGGAAAGAUGCGAAUCAUGACGAGUCUAAAACGCUGGAACUUCAAGAGGAUUAUGAUGAGAAACAAUCGAAGCUGGACAAUUAUAAGGCUAGUUCGUUCUUUUUUUUCUUUUUUUUUCUUAAAUUUUGGCUGGAAGACAGCAUUUUUGCUGAUAUAUACACUUUGUACUCCGAGCAGACUGAAAUUGCGACAAUGUAUUCGAAACAGCCGGUGUUUGGUUGUCACUUGGAGGAUCAUUUAAAUUUCUCAAAACGUUCGAUCGCUGUGGUUCUAGAAUUCUGUUGUACGGCUCUUUACAGACACCAUCUGAGCGAAAAGGGGCUUUUUCGUGUGAGCGGAAACCUGAGUCGCAUAAAACGGAUGAAGGCAGCUUUCGAUGCACAUGAGAUUACUGGCCCUUUCCCUGAAAAAGAGCAGAAUAUAUCGGACCCUCAUUCUCUUUGUUCUGUUCUUAAGCUUUAUCUUCGUGAACUUCCAGAGCCUCUCUUAACAGAACGCCUUUACCCAGAAUGGAUUAAAAGUCCAGAGGACCGAAUCAAAGGUGUUGCGAAAUUACUUAAAUGUUUGCCUGAAGCCAACAGACGGAAUCUUGCUUACCUCAUUCGCUUCCUUCAGCACAUGCUAAAUUUUGAAGAACAGACAAAGCAUGCAUUUUCGAUCUUUAUCGUUUUUCUGGGAAAUGUUUUUUUUUUGCUGGAUUUUAUUAUAUUAUUUUUCAGGAUGGAUAUUAAGAACCUCGUUAUUAUAUUCGGUCCGAAUUUGAUGAAUACGCGCGGUUCAGAAUCUGAAAAUAUGCUUGGUGCUAAAGUAGUUGAAACCUUACUGGGUUAUGCUGAUGCUCUUUUUGAGAAUGAUAAAUUUAAUUAUGAUUCAACGGUUACAGUAGGAGGACCACCUAGCCCUGCAGAAUUUACUGACGAGAAUCAGACUUCCACAUCGUUUCAACAUAAAGUUGAUGUUCUGAACCAGAGUAGCGUCGGGAAAUUUUCUCUCCAUCGCAGUUCACCUCAGACUCCCCCUCCUAGGUCACGCCCAAAACAACCGGCACCGCCGCCUCCGCAAAGUUCUUUAUCAAAUCAACGAGCUUUAACAGUCCUUCCUGAGACGUCCAAUCAGGAUAAUUGUGACGAAAUUCUUUCAGGGACGGAAAGUAUAUCUCACUCGCUCUGUAAGACCUCUUCUGGUACUUCCAAUGACUCUAUGAGUGAGUAUGGUACUUCUAACGUUGAAGUCACUGAUGAAUUAAGUGCUGAAAUGAGCACCACUCUUCCAACACGGCCGUCCAGACCACCUCAACCUCGUGUUGGAAAAAUUCAUAAUUCGACGGAAAGCGAUGCUUCGCAGUCAAGUAAACGGCCUGUUUCAUACGUUAAUGCUGUAACCACACAAGAAACGAUUGUUCCGCCGCCCCGUAGAACCGUUGGUAAGCAGAUUGCCAGUGUAGAUGAGAAUAAUCGGACAGUGGUGCAUCUGGGGACAGACGGCUCAAAAUCAGUGUCUGAUGCUUCAGGUCUAGCAAACAGUCAGGUUACGGGUAUGACAUCACCAACAAAUUACCCGGUCCCAAAACCUCGACUUCCUGCAAAACCAAAGCCUUUGCCAGACACAACAGACGAGUAUACAAAACUUUAG